AGGAAUUCCGUCCAUGCGCGGAUGACAGCGUCGCUGAUGACCCCGUCCCGUGGCAACGCAAAGCUGUUGCCCAGCGACCAGCGGUGAUCCCCGUAGCUCAGCUAGCCAGCUGUGAGCCACUCGGCAGAAAGCGUAUCGACACACAGCUGUUUUGCGCCACCUGGUUUGUGUCAGAACCUCUCAGACCGUGGAUGAAGUAACACGUUGAUGUUCUCAGUUGGACCUGUGCCUUUUUUUUUUUUUUCCACCCGAGGGUCAGACUAACGAACUAGCGUAGCGGAGUGCUCUCGACCAGCCAACAAAGAUGAGUCUCGUCGAAAUGUUGUCCUUGGACGAACUGUCAGAUGGACUGGCAAACUUGCCCAUGUUUCCUUAUUUUGAGAUCGCGCACUAUGUCGUGUCAGUGGUGGCCUUGAGGGAGCAGCCAGGAGCUAUAGGUCUGUCCAGAAUCAGCCCCCUGGCCUGUUGGUUCAGCUCCAUGCUCCACUGCUUCGGGGGAGCAGUACUGUCAGGGCUCAUGCUGGCUGAGCCACCAAUUGCACCUUUGUCCAACAGCGACAAUAUUCUGCUUGCAACAUUCAUCUGGUACUUGAUAUUUUACUGCCCCAUGGACAUGUUCUACAACUUCACACGUGUGGUGCCCGUCAGGGUGGUGCUGUCAGCGAUGAAGGAGGUGACCAGGACCUGGAAGAUCCUUGGGGGCAUUACUGAGGCACAGGAUAAGUACCAGGACAACCUGCUCGUUAUGAUAGCCGUCGGGUGGGCGAAAGGUGCUGGAGGUAGCCUCAUCAGUAAUUUUGAGCAGCUUGUCCGGGGUAUAUGGAGGCCAGAGACCAACGAGCUAAUUAAGAUGUCCUACCCUACAAAGAUCACCCUGUUGGGGGCGGUGCUGUUUGCUCUGGAGGAGGCCGAGUACCUGCCAGUGGAGAAAAACCACCUGAUGCUUUUCUACACCCUCUUUACUGUUAUCAACAAGUGCCGGAUGAUGCUGACGGGGUCCUCCUACUUCCCCUUCGCCCCCAUGGAGUGGCUCCUGUUUGAGGUCCUCUUUAUGGGACGUCUCCCCAAUUUCACUCUGAGACAGAUUUGUGGAUUCAUCAUGGUGGAUAACGGCAGAGCCAGAGUCACUCGUGCAAACAAAGAUUGGAGGGAGAACAGACACAACUGCCCUUCGCCUGUUAGAGGCACGCGCAGAGGCAGAGAUGAGGCAGAUGGAAAAAAAUACAAAUAAACAGCUUUUGCCUUGUCGCA